AGCUGCAUUUCAUUUUCUCCAUUUCACACACACAGAGAUCCAACCCCAAAAGCAUGCUUUCAAAGCCCAUCACCCAACUUCCCAUUCCAAAACCCUAAUCUCUCUCUAAUGGCGACAGCUCUUCUCCUCUGGUCUUCCUCGAAAGAGAAAGAGCACGAAGAUCCCGAAAAUACGCCCUCCGAUACUCAAGAACUGAAGCAGGAGAGCUCAAAACCGCGAUCCAAACGUGCAUCAAAGUCCAGCGCUCCUUCCGCCAUGCCGAAGAGGCCGCCGCAGCGAGGCCUCGGUGUGGCCCAGCUCGAGCGGCUCCGACUGCAGGAGCGAUGGAAGAAGCUCGUCGAAUCCGAUCCCUCGCAAGCUCAAAACCUCCAUUUCCAGUUCCCGUUCCCCGUCUCUGAUCCGUCCACUAGCUUCUCCUUCACAAGAUUCGCUCCGGCUAACUACGCGGCACUCGUUGCCGAUGCUCAGAUGAGGGGUCGGGUCGGAAACGCGGGGUUUACGGCCGCCGGAGGAGACUUCUCCGGCGUGCACGGAGUGUUUCCUGACCAGUCAGCGGUGGAUCGGAUCCGGAUCGCUGCAGCUGCGGCCCAUGAGGCGAGGCUUCAGAUGGCGAGAGAGCUCUCUUCAAGCCAAAACCUGCAGUGCUUGUCUGAUCAGUGCGAGGUCUGUGUCAAGAAGCGUAUUGAAGGCGAGAAUUCAGGGUUUCAUGGAUGGAACAACAGUAGAUUUGCGGAGAUGGAUACGAACGGCUGCGAUUUUCUUGGGCUGAAUCUUGGGGGAGGUAGGGCGAUUGAUGAAGGUUGUAAUGGUUUUGGUGGGAGAGGAGAAAGGUGUGGCGCUUCUUCCGGAACGCAUGUCUACGAGGGAGUGGAGGUUGUUGCAGCAGCUCAAAGAAAGGGGAAAUGUGUGGGAGGAUGCAAUGUAAAGGAGUACGAAUUCUUCCCAGGGAAAGGCAGCUCCAGCAGAGGGGGAGGAGCAUCUGUUGCAGUCUCUGCAGCAGAUGCAAUGGUCGGUGAAGUUUCUUCUUCUAGUAAUCCAUCUUCUAGCUUUCUUGAUUUAUCUCUCAAGCUCUCCUUUUAGUCCAUUUCUAAAAACAAAAAGAAGGUUUCAGAACUUGUUUUUUUUUUCCUCGGUUUUCUUUUGUUCUCUCAUGCAACUGAACCUAACCAAAGACUGGUCUUGGGUUUACUGUUUCUGUUUUGAAACUAACCCUAGUGAGGCUAUCUAGUUCUCAUUCUCGGCUAUUACAAGUAUGCAAUCUCUUUCUAUGCUUGCAUUUCCUUCAUUUUUUG